AUGCGAGCCUUCCUACUUGCAUAUCUCGCCGUACUCGGCCUAGUUGUGUGCGAGGUCCCUCUGCAUUCCUCAAGCGAAUUUCUACUCAAUACUUCCAGUCUCGCCGUUGAAGAUAGCGGUGGCAUCGUCAAAAGAGCACCUGUUGCGCCAGCUGACGACUUUCUAUGGCAGACUUGCGGUUGUCGCGGCCAGAAGCUCCAACUAAUGGAUACGCUCGAUCCAGUAAACGCCGCUAGGUUUGGUACUCCAUUGAACAGUCCUUGGGUUGGCACACUCGAAAACGAACUUACGACCUGGGGUUACAAAGACAACAGCGCAAACGAUGACAUCCAGGACUUGUGCGACUUCACAAUGAAGCCUAUGUUUGAGGCAGUCCUUCGCACCCUGGGAAUCGGCGCAGGAAGCGCCCAGUAUGGCGGGCCGAACAAGUGUUUCUCUUAUGUCCACAGAGAGGGACCCGCCGUCCAACUGCAGCCGAACGGCCAGAUGCCACCUAGAAACCAACAACGCUACACCGUUGAUGGAGUAAGCUACAGGGUAACAAACGCUUAUUACACCAUUGGCAUAAAUGCUCAAGCUGGUGUCAUCCAUUUGCUCAACCGAAAGUCACCGGAAUCUGCGGCUAAAACUUUGUGGGGAGUUGAAAGUGCUCCAAGAAACGAGCUACCGGCGUUGAAGUCGAGUUCAGAUAUCGCCUGGGGCAUGUGGGAGAGGAUGAGUCCUGGCAACCUGGGUAACAUCAACUACAUCUUCUCCCACAGUAUUGUCAACAAGGAAACUCAAGCAAUCAUUCUGAGGGCUCUGGAUGGCCAACCACUUGCGCCUUGGCCAGGGACUGAGUUCGUAGCUGGAGAAGCCUCUGAGUACUGGGCUUUACUGGGGUCACCGAAUGGUGUAGCAGUGGGCUACAUUCUUGGGCAGCACAAACCUCAGUUCGGUCACAACAGAUAUGUCUCUAGUAUACAUAUCUUCCAGGGUUCACCGGCGAAUCCAGUUUGGCUGAUUGGCAUUUUGCCGUGGUUGUGUUUCGUCGUUAAACCAGCGCCAUAUCCGGCACCGCAACCGCCGGAUGAGGUUAUGGGCGAGACAAAUGCUUUUGUGCCUGGUAAAAGUGAUCUGGUAGAUGAAGACCGAGUGGUAGACCGAUCGGAGGAUGGGAAGAACAUUGUGAGGAGUCAUAAGAUCUGGGCAAAGAUGUGA